CAGCAGUAAACGCAGUGUCACCGCCAUAGAUGGCAUUGUACGAGAUCAAAAGCGCUGCUGGAGAGAUGUGUUUGCAGAAAAGGAACUGUUACAGCUGCAGGUGCACUGCUCUAGCAGUGGCUGUCAGUGGAUUGGAAAACACAUCUUUCUGCAGGAACACAUCACUUCUGGUUGUGCUUCCCAACCAUUACAAUUACAAAAAGAUCAAUUGAAAGGACACAUGCAAACUGAGGUAAAGAAGCAAGGCCAUCUUGUCAGAGAAACAAAAGAUGCAACUGCACAAACCAAUGAAACCUUCUCAGCGACAGAGAAUCAGUUGCAUCAGUUCCAAAUUGAUCAAGUCAUCAUGCAAAAAGGAAUGGCAAGGGUUGAGGCACAUGAUCAGUCAGGAAGAGCUCAUUCAUUAGAGCAACACAUCAGACUGAUGAAUGAAGAACACACCAAACUUAAAGAAAUUAUUUUUAUGCAGAACACCAGGAUACAGCAACUGGAAGUAGAUCUAUACAAACUCAACAGUGGAACAAACGUAGGUCUGCAGCAAGAGCUUGCAACUCGAGAUCUGGUAUUGGCAAGUCAUAAUACAAAACUAGCAGAACACGGUCUGAGGCUUGACAUGAUGGAUUGUAGGAACACGGAUGGUGUGUUGCUGUGGAAGAUUACUGACACCAGACGACGACAACGAGAUGCUAUCAGUAGCAAGACUCAAUCCAUCUACUCACAACCAUUCUACACGUCACCCAAUGGAUACAAGAUGUGUGCUCGUCUCUAUCUGAAUGGAGACGGAAUGGGACGUGGUACUCAUUUGUCUCUUUUCUUUGUGAUUAUGAGAGGAGAAUACGACUCUCAUCUUCAAUGGCCUUUUACACAGAAAGUGACUUAUUUUGUAUUCGAUCAAAAAGGACAAAGGCAAAUAUCAGGUACCUUUCUACCCGACCCCAAGUCAUCAUCGUUUGAGAGACCAACAUGCAAGAUGAACAUUGACUCAAACAUCCUACCAUUUAUGCCUCUAGAAACCUUGGACAGAGGAAUGAAUGGCAGUAGUCGUUAUGUAGAAGAUGGUUGUCUCUACAUCCUACUGGUUGUGGACAACAGAUCUUUCUGCAUACCAGAGUAAAAUAAUCUUUCAUGAAGGCACCAAUCAAAUGGUCAAAACUGUCAGUCUAUUCCAGUAUAUUUGCUUUCAUCAUGACAACAGUUCCGUAUAAACUGUUAUAUGUAGAGAGUCGCAGCUACUGUCACGUUAGAAAACUUUUUAAUUUAAAAUGGUUAUUCAAUCAUAUAGUACAUGUACUGUCAGGAAACUGAGUUGAGUAGUAAAGUGAGAUUUUCUGUGA